UACAGAACCUACUUUUGUUUUUUCUUCAAUCCCUCUCUCUCUCUCUCUGAGUCAGUUUAUUAUAGCCAUUGAAGGAAAUAAGAAUAAAGCUUGAUCGAGCAAUGGUUCUUAUUGGUGUCUUCAUAAGAUUCAUUACGUUCACUCUGACUCUGACUCUGAUCGUUGAUGGGUUUCAGAGUCGAAUGUUGAUGGACAAUGGUCUUGCUCUCUCUCCUCAAAUGGGAUGGAACAGCUGGAAUCAUUUUCAGUGUAACAUCAAUGAAACCCUCAUCAAACAAACCGCUGAUGCAAUGGUUUCAAGUGAUCUUGCUGCAAAAGGUUACAAGUAUAUCAACAUAGAUGAUUGUUGGGGUGAACUCAAUAGAGAUUCUAAGGGGAAUUUGGUUGCCAAAGCAUCGACAUUUCCUUCAGGAAUCAAAGCUUUAGCAGAUUAUGUUCACAGUAAAGGGCUAAAGCUUGGGAUCUACUCUGAUGCCGGGACUCUUACUUGCAGCCAAACCAUGCCGGGCUCACUUGGGCAUGAAGAACAAGAUGCCAAAACAUUUGCCUCAUGGGGGAUUGAUUACUUGAAGUAUGAUAACUGCGGAAACACAGGGACAAGCCCAAGAGAAAGAUACCCAAAGAUGAGCAAAGCUCUCCUUAAUUCAGGAAGAUCCAUAUUCUUCUCUUUGUGUGAAUGGGGAGUAGAGGAUCCAGCAACUUGGGCAGGAGCUAUUGGCAACAGUUGGAGAACAACUGGAGAUAUCGAAGAUAAAUGGAGCAGCAUGACAACGAUAGCGGAUCUGAACGAUCAAUGGGCAUCUUACGCAAGACCAGGAUCGUGGAACGAUCCAGACAUGCUCGAAGUGGGAAAUGGAGGCAUGACUAAAGAAGAAUACAGGUCGCAUUUCAGCAUCUGGGCAUUGGCAAAAGCUCCUCUGCUAAUAGGGUGCGAUCUUAGAUCGAUGGACAAAGGUACCUUUGAAUUGCUGAGCAACAAAGAGGUGAUUUCUGUUAAUCAAGACAAACUUGGGAUCCAGGGAAAGAAAGUGAAGAAAGAGGGUGAUCUUGAGGUAUGGGCAGGUCCACUAAGCAAAAAACGAGUUGCGGUCAUCCUAUGGAACAGAGGAUCAGUACCAGCAAACAUCACAGCUAGAUGGGCGGACCUUGGCCUUGAUUCAUCAGUUACUGUUAAUGCUCGUGACUUAUGGGAGCAUUUGACACAUCCAAGUAUUAAAACACAACUCUCUGCCCUAGUGGAGCCUCAUGCCUGCAAAAUGUAUACUCUUACAAGAAGCAAAGCGUAAGAUGCUGCUGCUAUACUACAGCUAGAGUGAAGGAAGUAAAAAUGAAUCCUAGCAAAAUCCUAUCCAAACCAGAAGAUUGUGCCAACUCAUCCUCUAGUCUGAUUUGUAUUAAGAUAUAAUGCAAAAUAUGAAGAUGCCAGCAUCAGAAAUACUCAAAUCCAAAUAACCUUACAAUAAGAAAAUAAUGAGUUUUGACAACAA